CUAAGCUCAAAUGACUCUGAUAUUCCCUCUGCCUGUCGUCAUUUAUUUUCAUUUUUGCCUCUUUGCCUACGUUCUGUUUGUUUUCUCUUCUUUAACCCGUGUCCCCUACUCGCAGUAGCGUGUUUUAUUCUUUUGGGACCUAUUCUUUCCUAUCAGCCGCUGGCUGACUCGCAAGAACACUCUUCCUUAUUCUCGCUGCAUGCCGAUGAUAUGUAAACAAAGACAGUAGAGAGAACACAACAUUUUAAGCAGAAAUAAAAGCGAUCCCCUUUCCUUCCCCAUACACUUUUUUACCUCUAUUCUUUUCACAUUUCAGUCUCAAUUCUCAUUUCGUCUACAUUCUACAUAACGGAAGCAUCACUCCACUGUAUUUGAAUUAAUUCAUAAAAACCCCUCAUCAUUUGAAAACGUGUCCCACACAACACAAAAACGACAUGGACUUGGAUUCUGAACUGCAUGACUCAAGCAAGAUUGACACAACUAUUCCACGGCAACUUGUUCUCGAUUACCUCUUACACAACUGCUAUGGCGAAACUGCUCGUGCGUUCAUGAAGGAUGACUUGGAUGCGGCUAAAGUAUCGGAUGGUCGGAAAAAUGGGAGUACUCGCAAUGCGAGCAAUGGAACUUGUAACAUGAACCACUAUUCAUCCAGCAAUGGAACUAAUAGCUACCAUAAUGGAAUCUCAACCGUGACCACGACAGGUCAAUUUCAAGGUAUUAUGGCGCGGAAUGCCUCCGAUGAUAGUCAGAACAAAGCAGGGGACGCCGCAUCUCUUAUGGAAACAGAUAGAGAAGAAUUAGACCAGGAAGGAGACUCGCCUAUGGGUGAAAACCAUCAUAACAACACUGAUGAUAGUCUCAGUAAUGGUACACUCACUGCUGACAAGGCAUAUGCAUUGCAUAUCGACGAGCAACUCAAGAACUUGGAGACCCGCAAAGCCAUUCGCUCCUUGAUCUCACAUGGAGAUAUCGGAUCCGCUAUGGAGCUAUGCAACUCAGCCUUUCCACGCGUGCUAUCAAUUGAUCCACAUAGCCCUUACACUACACAGGCUUCAAUUCAAAUGAACUUCAAACUACAGUGCCAGAAAUUCAUUGAGCUUGUCAAGGCUGAUCCAGGUCCAGAUGCUUUGGACUUUGCAAAGAAUGUUAUUGAUCAAUUUACACAGUUGGACCCAGAUGGCAAGGAAGGCUACAUUAAACAGAUGGAAGAUGUAUUUUCGGUGAUAGCCUAUGUCAAUCCGGAGGAAUCACCUAAUGGCCACUUUCUGAAGCAAGAGGCACGAGACCAGCUUGCGGACACUUUAAACAGUGCAGUCCUUGGCUGCAAUGGCAUGUCAUGUGAACCAGCAUUGUUGACGAUUGUAAAGCAGGCAACACUUGUGAGAGAGUGUCUCGCAGGAGAUACAUCAAAGACAAAACGAGGACUGAAGGCACCACCAAGAUGGCGCUUGUCGACAUUUUUGGAAGAGUCAAGUUGAAUAGUCAAUAGCAAUAGUAAUGGUAGCAGCGACGAUACAACUUUUACAUAUAGAAAUGUAGCAGGAGUCAGCAGAGAUGAUAAAGGAAGUUGCUAUGGGCAAAACGAAACCCGAAUUCCUGAUAAUCGUCAUCAACGUCAGGACACAUUACCACUUUUGGAUGAUUCAGCAUAUACUGACGCUAUCACUCAAACACGGUCUAGGCUUCGUUUCCAAAUUUUAUAUGUGUUUGUUGCUGUUGCUAUUGCCUUUUUAAUAUCCCAUUGUUCUCUCUCAAAGUAGGAGGUUAUUUUUUGACUGUUACACUGCUUACUCUUUAUAUGUUGUCUGUAGUUUGUUAGUUUUCUCUUUUUUUUAGCCCGUUGAGUCAUUUUGAGUAUGUCCAAUAAAUAAUAACUUUCGCAGC